AUGGGAAAGCUCAACUUCGCAGCACUCCGGGUCCGGCAGACUGCCCUCCUACAGCAAAAGAACGGUAAAAUUACCAAUGAACCAUGCUGGGUCAACGUUCUUAGAGAUAUACCACCCUCGAGCGUGCUGGUACGAAACCUGCCGCAGCAACACACUCUUACCAGGCAAAGAGUGAAGACAAUUCCUGGAAAGUCAAAGCCGCAAAUCGUCGUGGAGACUCGUCCCAGCCGUCGUCCGAAAUCGAAGAAGCCCAGCCGCAUGUUUCAACCGGUGAAGAUGGAAUUCGAGGAAGACCUGCUCCGAAGGGAAUUUUACCGUGACCAUCCCUGGGAGCUUGCACGGCCCAGAGUGGUGUUGGAGACGGAUGGAAAAGACCAUCGGAAUCAGGAUUGGAACAAGAUGCAACAAGACAGGAAGCGUGCUGACGGAGAAAGUGUCGUCCAGAGACAAUUACAUCUCCUCAAUACGGUGCCCGAUAUAACAAAAGAAGCCGCAUAUGACAUUGCUCGCCGGGAAUUUUACAAGAUUCGACUUCAGGAGGACGUUGAGAGGAGGAUUGCCCAAGAGGAGGCCAGAGCAACGGGCGCCUACUUCGGACUCGACAUGAUAACUGUCGGAAUGGAGCUCGAAAACCAAGAAUAUGAUCGCUGGAAGACAUGGGCUGAAACUGAGGUUAUAAUGCAGCAGGGCAGGAGCGCCGCGUUCGCUGGCACCGAGCUCACGGAAGCAGAAAUGGAGCCAUCAGCGACUGGCGGUGACCUGAGUGCCUCCGAGUCUGAGCUGCUGGAGUCCAUCAAACCGCUCCGUGGUUGA